UGAAAGGGAGGGGGAAAAGAGAGAGGAGGAAAAAAAAGACUGCAAAUUUUUAUAAUUGGUUUGGUUUUUAAUAAAGUGGGCAUGACGAUCCUAACUAAGAGACUUGUGUCUGAUCAGUUUCGUACGUCGGGGCAUUGAGCGGCCAAUUGAAGCCAAUUUCCGGCCACGGAAUUCUAGAGCUUUCUGUAGAGGUAAGAUUCUUGAUAUCUCGUCCCCGGUGGGGGGUGCUUCUGUUUCGGUUUUUCUAUUGGAAAUCUUGGGGAAUCGGGUCUGUUUGCUUCAGAUCUGAUAGUUUUGGUCGGGGUCUUUCGGGGGUAUCAAAUUAGGGUUCGUGUGGGCUGGAUUAUAUUGGGUUUGCCGGCGAGCUCAAUUUUAUUAUGGAGGAAAAUUUCGUAAUUUAGGGUUCUUGCCUUUGGGGUUGAUUCACAUGGAGGACGGUGUGAGAUCUGCUGGUCCGUCGGGGGUUUUGGUGAAGACUAGGAACUCCUCUGGUUGCUUAAUUGUUAGGAAAAAAGAGGAUGGAUUAGGAGGCGCCGCCGGUUCUUCAAGCUCACGCUUGCUGAAUGCAAAGAAGGAGAAGAAGAGGCCGAGGUUGGUUUUGAGUGAUUCUGGGUCCAGUGAUGAGGUAUUGCUGCCCCAUCGCAGGCGGGUUGGUUCCGAAACCAUUCGGGUUUGUAAUGGUUUGAAUUCUUUUGAAAAGGAUAUUGUGGACGAGAGUGGUAGUAGCAGAAAGAAGGAUAGGUUGCAGUAUGAUAAUCGGAAUGAUGAUGGUCUGAUCAACAGGAUCGAUGUGGAUGGUUUGAGAAGAAAUAUGGACAACUUAGAUGUCUUUGAGUUCAAUGAGUACGAUGAAAUUGAUGGUGAGAACAGGCGGAGGAAGCAUUUUAAUGGCAGUGGAGAAAGACGGUAUCUUAGUUCCGUUAACCUGCCCCAAGGUGGCACCGAGAGGGAAUUUGGAACCACUUCUAGCAGGCAUGCUGUUGCGGACAAGAGAAAGAACUUGUAUGUAGAUCAAACCAAUAGCUUUGACCGGGACAGGCCUCCCAGGAAGACUAAUUUUGACACAGAUAAUGAUGGUGCUCAUCUCCCUAUAUCUUUGUUGAGAGAGAAGUUUAAGGGUCAUUCUGAUGAAGCAAUCAGGGUUCAGGGGAAGAAUGGAGUUCUGAAGGUCAUGGUAAACAAGAAGAAGAAUGUGAGUGGAGCUCCUGACAUUUAUGAUCAUCGCAAACUAGAACAAAGUAGAAAGAGUCUAAGGACUGAAGAUACUUUGAAGAGGAAAAUGUUAGUUACACCUUCAGUUUACCCAGAAACUCAACCUCAUGUGAAACAGGAUCCUUUUAUAAAGCCAGAGAAGGACCAUGCAGAUUUUCAAACAUCAGCAUCAACAAAAACUGGCAAGGGUUGCAGUUGGGACUCAGGUGAUAGCAGUGUUUCAUUGAAGCCCAGAAAAAAGGUUGCUGAAGCUCACAAAUCUACCAAGAGGGCAAGCUGUGAAGUUGAGAAAACUCCAUGUGAAGAGGCUCCCCCAAGUACAGCAAAGGAAGGAAAGGUAAAACGAGGAAGUGGAACGGAAAAACAAAAGCUACGUGAAAGGAUCAGGGGAAUGCUCCUUAGUGCUGGCUGGAGAAUUGAUUACAGACCUAGAAGGAAUAGAGAUUAUUUAGAUGCUGUCUAUGUUAAUCCCGCUGGAACAGCUUAUUGGUCAAUUAUUAAGGCUUAUGAUGCCCUUCAAAAGCAAUUAAAUGAAGAAGGAGCAGAGGCUAAACCUAGUGCUGACGGUUCAUUUAUGCCAAUAUCAGACGAUAUUCUUAGUCAAUUAACCAGGAAAACUCGAAAGAAAAUUGAGAAAGAAUGGAAAAGUAAGCGAAGAGAUGAUAGUGACAGCGAAAAUGGCAAAGAAGUAAGUGCACCGAGAUCUGUUGGUACCAAAAAUGACAUGGACAGCAUGGACAGUGAUAGCAAUGAAGAAAAAUUAAGCUCUUUUAUAAAGCAGGGUGGAAAAUCUUUUAAAAAUAAAUCAAACGAGAAUGGGUUUCCCAGUGUCAACUCAAAAGGUCAAAGUUCUAGUAAGCAUUCACGUGACACCAUUGGAAAACCUUCUUCUGGAUUCAAUUCACGUAUUUUACAUGGAAGGAAAGGAAGAAAGCUUGGAUUGUUGGUUCGUGGAUCUAGUAAGGGGUUAGAUUCAGAGAAUGAUGGGUUUGUUCCAUAUACUGGUAAAAGGACUCUACUUUCCUGGCUUGUUGAUUCUGGAACUGUGCAGUUGAGCCAAAAGGUCCGGUACAUGAAUCGUAGACAGACCCGAGUGAUGCUCGAGGGGUGGAUUACCAGAGACGGCAUUCAUUGUGGUUGCUGUAGCAAAAUCCUUACUGUUUCGAAGUUUGAGAUUCAUGCUGGAAGCAAACUACGCCAACCCUUUCAUAACAUCUUUUUGGAGUCUGGGGUUUCUCUUCUGCAGUGCCAGAUAGAUGCAUGGAAUAGACAGGAGGAGGGUAAACGCCUCAGUUUCCACACAGUGGAAAUUGACGGCGAUGAUCCAAAUGAUGAUACGUGUGGUAUCUGUGGAGAUGGUGGAGACUUGAUCUGUUGUGAUGGGUGUCCAUCAACUUUUCAUCAGAGCUGUUUAGACAUUCAGAUUCCUCCUGGCGACUGGCACUGCCCAAAUUGUACUUGCAAGUAUUGUGGAGUUGCCAGUGUUGAUGUUUCUCACGGAGACGAUAACGUUGGUUCUGUGAUAUCAAGUUGUAUGUUAUGUGAGAAAAAAUUUCAUGAAUCUUGCAUUCAAGAGAUGGAUACUUCUAUUUCCAAUGGUGCAAUCACUUCUUUUUGUGGCAAGACCUGCCGAGAGCUUUUUGAGAGUUUGCAGAAGUAUCUUGGGGUGAAACAUGAAUUAGAUGCAGGAUUCUCAUGGUCUCUCGUUCGUAGAACUAGUGAAGAUUCAGAUGCAUCUCUUCGAGGACUUUCUCAAAGGAUUGAAUGCAAUUCUAAACUGGCUGUUGCAUUAACAGUUAUGGAUGAAUGCUUUUUGCCUAUUGUUGACAGGAGGAGUGGGAUAAAUCUAAUUCAUAAUGUUCUCUAUAACUGUGGAUCAAACUUUUAUAGGCUGAACUAUAGUGGCUUCUACGCUGCCAUUUUGGAAAGGGGUGAUGAAAUCAUCUCUGCAGCAACAAUCAGGUUUCAUGGGACUAAGUUAGCUGAGAUGCCAUUCAUUGGAACCCGCCAUAUCUAUAGACGUCAAGGAAUGUGCCGUCGGCUUUUUUGUGCAAUUGAAUCCGCUCUCCGCAUGUUCAAGGUUGAGAAACUGAUUAUACCAGCAAUCGCUGAACUCAUGCAUACAUGGAAUGUGAUUUUUGGCUUUAGUCCUUUGGAGCAAUCACUCAAGCAAGAAAUGAGAUUGAUGAAUAUGUUGGUGUUCCCUGGUACAGACAUGUUGCAGAAGUUGUUAAUCAAAGAAACAACUGUUGAGGAUAAUGCUACUUCUGGCUCAGGUGCAAAGCAAACGGAUUGUGGAAGUACAGAGCUCUGUAGUCCUAAGAUCGAUACAGAGACCUCAUCUGGGCAUGAACCUCAAAGUUGUGAUGACAAUGAACGGCAUAACUCUAAGGAGAUAACAAACGAAGUAAUUGUCACUGACCGGAAUCCUGAAUCCGUGUCUGUUUCUCAAAACGAUACUUCCGUGGUGAAUAGUUCCCUGGAUGCAUUUCAUGAAGUUAAACCUUCAUGUUUGCCAAAGGAAGCUGUAAAUUCAGAUUCUCAUUCUGGUGAUGAAUCUGCUAAAUGUCCCUUAGACAGGAAAUGUUCGUCUCCAUCUGAUGCAAGGUGCGACCCUCUUCCAACCAAAAAUAAGCCUGAAGUUCACCAUGGCAUAGAGGACCAUUCGCGGUCCACUUCCCAAUGUAUGGCAGUUGACACAUCAGACAGUUUUCACGAACCUAAGGCUGACUCUUAUGCUGGGCACAAGUUGGCUGAAUCUGGUUCUGAGAAGAAAUCUGUUCCUUCAACUUUAGUGAAUGGCACUGAUGAGUUCGAAAAUACACCCAUAAUGGAUUCUUCUGAAGAUGAUUCUUUGAAUAAGAUUAAUGGCCAUGAUUGUGAAGAAGAUGCCCAUGCUGAUGCUCUUAAACCUGCUCAUUCGGAUGAAAAUUUUGCCGAUGGCAUUGUCUGUGAAAGUCCACUUGUCCAUACUGCUGGUUUGUGUGGCACUAAUGGACGCCCCUUGGAUAUUUUAUCUGAUUGCAAAAAUCCAAUAGCUUGUGGGAAAGAAGCUAUUUCUGAGGGAAUGUGUUGCAGCGAAAAUUCUUCACAUUCAAGUGGGGAUUUGCAGGAAGAUAGAGCUGAAUCUGGUUCAGUUUGAUAAAUUUGAGACUCCAAGUUGAUGUUUCAUCUCCAAAUUACCUGGGCUAUUUCUCGUGCCAACCAGUUUGCUGGUUUCUGCAGGGCUCUGUUGCUAAAUGACUUGUGCUUAACUUGAGAACGAGUUGCAAUAAUCAAUAUUGCUAUUUGACGGGAUUUAUUCAACUUUACGCUGAGUUUGGCAAUUUAGAUCAUAAUCCAACUUGGGUGAUUGUUAACAUGAUUUUUUCGGCCCUGGAGUUCUCAGAGGUGUCCUUGAUGGAGGAAGUAGCAUGGUUCUGUUCACUGCCUAUCUCUUCUGAAAUUGCUGCUGUGAUAUAUGAACUCAAUAUGGCUGGCUAGCUUUGAAGCUCAGACUCCAUGGUCUGGUGAGAUCCCGCUUCGGUUUAAUAGGUUCGGUAUCGGUACCUCUUCAAACCAGCACAUAUUAUAGAAAUGGAGCAUUUCCAUUCAUGAUCAAGGUAAGCUAAUCUGUUGGAGCAAAAUCCUGUUGUAGUAUUAGUGAUUGAUUACAUGGUUCCAGCGCCACGAUGUCUCGACAGUAUCUGUUAACCGGCGAGGUGAUCACCAUCACAAGAGAGCUAGAGAAUUUAAAAUUCUGUAGGUUUUGUGGUGGGGUGUUUAAGAUAAAUAUAUUGAUAUUCAUUCAUAUGAGCAUCCUUUUGUAUAGGCUGUUUGCUGGAAUCUCCAAGCUUUAUAGUCAUCUCUCAUUUUGUUGUGUAUUUUUUGCUGCUGUUUGUGUAUCAGGGCAUCUUCUAAUUUCAGAAAAUUCAGCAUUUUUCUCGGAAGCUACUUCUUUUCCAACCAUGAGAGUUGAUGGUUGGUUUAAGUUUAAGGUGUGGGAAAGAAAAAAAAAAGAGUAAAAGAAAGAUAUAGUUUUUAGUCCCUGUAAGAGAUGGUGAGUCCAUUGUUCUCUUCUCUAACUGUUGUUGGAAUUACUUCUUAUAUGAAGAUGAAAUUGUAAUUAUCUGAUGCACCUGUAUUUCGUUUGAAA